CACGACUCUGAGUGUGUGUUUAUGUUAAGUAUACGUGGAAGUGUGUGUGUGUGUGUGUGUGUGUGUGUGUGUGUGUGUGUGUGUGUGUAAGGUGCAGGCUCGUCACUCACUAGUCCGCAAUGAAGUCCGCUGCGGUGGUUCUUCUUCUGCUGCUGCUGCUUCUCAGCCCGUCUACGGUCUUUAGUCUGGUCCCGACCCAGGAGGACUCCAUCGGGCUGCGGCUGGAGGACUCGGACGUCCCCCCGGAACUUCCGGUGAUCUGGAAUGAGUUAGUCGGGUUGAGGCACCUGGUCCUGAGCCUGCAGGCUGUGGCGGUGGAUCAGCGUCAGGCCCUUCGGACCACCGAGAGCCGCCUGAGGGAUAGCGAGGAGGAGGCGGAGCAUCAGAGACGCGUUCUGGACUCGCUGCAGGUAAAGAUGGAGGCUGACAGGAAGUUGCUGACUGAGCUGAACAUGGCCCUGAGGAGGAGCAAGGACCAGAGUGCGGAUGAGGUCCUGAAGAUGAGGUCCAGAUUGAACAUCAGUGAAAGUUCUGUGGAGGACUUGAAGAAGAAGACGUCAGCUCUGGCGGCCGACGUUCCUUUCCUGCGGGCGAGGUUGAGGGCUAGCGAGCGUCUGGUGGACGAGUUGAGGAGGAAGAGCGCAGCCGUCAUGUCACGACUUUGCUUCAUGGAGGACCUGAGGAGGCGGAGUUCAGCGGACCAGCCGGUUGUCAAAGAGAAAAAUGUCCGACUACAAGAGGCGGAGUCCCAAGUGGAUGAGAUGAACGUGGACAAUACGGGGCGACGUGCGUCUCCGCCAUCCGACGUAGCAGAAGAUUUACCGCGGCUGCAUUCCAACGUGACCGCCCUUGACGCUCGCCUUCAGCUGGUGGAGAACAACUUGACAGCGCAGACACACAGAGUCUCAGACCUGGAAGACAACGCGUUGAAAGUCGACAGCAAACUACAGGAGAUCAGAGCUACUGUGGUGACCACGCUGAACAGCACAUGGACACAAAGUGAAGACAUGAAGGCCCGUCUGGGGGUGCUGGAGAAUCUGGUGGAGGAUCUGAGGACUGCCAAGUCAGUCCAAUCAAGUCAGCUUUCCAGCAUGGAAGUGCAGCUGGCCUCCAGCCACAACAACACUGCCGCUCUAGAGGUCAUGGUGAGGUCAGCCGAGGCUCACGUGGAGAAGCUGAAUCUUAUCAGCAUAGCUCGGGAGAAGCAACUUUCCAACAUGGCGUCCCAACUGAUCGGCAACCUCAACAACACGACAGUUCUGAAGAACCGACUGAACCUGAGUGAGAAACGUCUGGAGGAACUCCAGACAGAACACACAGCGAGUGACGGUCAGCUGGCGACGGUCAUGCAGACAGUCAAGGUCAUAGAAGGUCAAGUGGUGGAGCUGCGGAUGAAGAACACAGAGAUGAAGUCCAGACUGGAACGUGAAGACCACAUGGAGACAGUGUUCCAGGACAAGUUGAACAUCACUGAGACGGAGAUAAACGAACUGAGGUCGACAACUGAAGAGCUGAUGUCGCAGUUGCGCGUUUUGGAGCAACACAGCCAGCGGUCAGGCGAGACCAAAGUGGCCUUUGCCGCCGCGCUCACCGAUUCGGGAUCAGUUGGACCCUUCGACCAGGAAACGACGCUGAUCUUCUCCAAGAUCUUCACCAAUGUCGGACAAGCUUACGAUGUGACCUCAGGUGUGUUCACGGCACCCGUCGGCGGCGUUUACGCGUUCAGCUUCACGACGGCCGACUUCCUGAAAGGUUACAUGGGCGUGACCUUGUACCGCAACCAGCAGCCCGUCAUCUUCAGCCUGGACCUCAACGACCACGGCGGCUACGCGUCGGUCACCAACGGCGUGCUGCUGCAGCUGGAGACGGGCGAUCGCGUCCGCCUGAGUCUGCCCGCCAGCUACCGCCUCUACGACGACACGCGAAACUUCAGCAUCUUCGGCGGCUUCUUGCUCUUCUCGCUUUGAGCUCAUCGGCGCGGCAUCGCCUCGACAAUAGACAAUCUCGGACUUUGUUUUCACGUCUUCAGGACGCAUGUGAACGUGUCCGACAACGCUUGACGUGCUAACAGUCAAACAUUUAUUUAACAUGUGACAUCAAAGGUCGAUCUGUCAGGCCACGGCGUUUCCAUGGUUACACUAAA